AUGGACGAUACGGUACCGGUGAAAAGUGUUGACGGAGCUAUCAGGAAGCUCAAGCAGGUGGCGACGCAGGAACGGGGGGACUCCAAGCUGGAUGACCUUCUGCAAGCCAUAGAGGCGUUUGAGACUCGUCUGAAGCCGGCGUUCCUUCGCAUGAAGAGUCAAGAGACUCGGAUCAGCUUGUUGGAAGCAAAACAACUCGAAUUCGAUGCGAUCAGAGCAAAGGCGAAUCGUACAGUCACGCUGGACGCCGAGGUGGCAAUGCUGCGCAUUGACCAGGCUGAAUCACGCAAACAAGUGAAUGCGGCCAACGAGCGCUGGUCGCAGGCCCUUGAACUAGUCAAGGAGAGGGAAGCCGACAAUCUCCGGGUACGAAGGGAUGCUGAGGCCACGGAGCAAAAGUCGGUGGAUGAAGUGCGGCGCCUGAAGGGUUACCUGGAACGCAACUAUGCAGCCCGAAAUCAACUUGCGGCUCGGAUCAAGGACUUGGAGCAGGAGCGAAACGCGCUUUUGGAACAGCACAACACUAAUCCCUCUCGGAUGGACUCGAUGGUCGAUAUGAAUACAGAUGACGAAAAUGCCUCCCGAAGAGCGGUGUUCUCGCCGCACCGCUCAUCGACAUCUACUAUCCGAGCGGCGAAACGUGCGACGUUGGACUUUGAAGGAGUUCCCGGGCCCGGGUUUCAGAGUUCAUGGACGUUGCCCAGAGGGACGAAACGAAAAGCAGAGGAUGAGGCAAAGCGGCGCGAUUUUCCCUUGGCAGUUAAGAAUGGGCGGACAACUGCCGCUGUUCACGGCAAAUGGGAUCCCGAGUUCUCUUUAGAGUCUCUGCGCAAAUCAAAACGCCGACCGACCCUCUCCGCCCCCUUCGGCUCUGCGUCUCUAACACUCCCCGGGUCUCUGCCAGUAUCCAACACCGACCCUAUUUCAAUUGCGCCGAAAAUCUGCUACGCCGAGGAACGCGCAGGGGGUUUGCGAUGGUCGGCUUUCCGCAGCUACGUCAAGCGCACCCUGGCCGCGCCCGCCGAAGCCUGCAGCACGCUCGUCUCCGAGACCGAGCUCUCCCGCGUCGUUUCCCUCCCUUGGAAAAGCAAUCUCGCGGAGGCCGAUGUCGAGGGAAAGGACGAGGUAGACGAGGUGAUCGUCGACCGGAAUUGGGCGGAUUGCUCUGAAACGGAGUCGAUCCUGGAUACGGGAGACGCUGUGAGCAGCCGAAAGGACGCCUCUGUUGGGGAUGUAGAGGCGCAGCGGGACCCUGAAAGUGCUGCCACGGCGCCAUCGAUGCUGGUCCGGCUAUUGUCCCGGUUCAAGCAGUUUUACAUGCCGCGGUUCAGCGACACGGAGGAGGAACGUGUUUAUCAGCGUGAGAUGUGGGGGCAGUCUAAGCGGGCGUCUCUGUGGGCUUCUGUGUUCUUUGUCGCCAGUGCCGUAUCGGCCGUGGUGCACAUCGAGAGUCCGGUCGUCCUUUCCGACAAGAUAUUUUACUAUGGAAUUGGUCCCGCCAUGUCGGUCCCCAUCAUCUUCUUUUGCGCGUACGAUUUUCCGUACAACCGUUCGUUCUUCUUCCAAGUGUUCCUUGCUGUUUCAAUCUGGAUUUGGCCGAUUUAUGAAACAUUAUACGCCUACCUAUGUGGCGCGUACACCCAGAACGUGACUAACCCGGAAAGCCAUGCCUUCGUCUGCGGCAGCAAAAACUUUUUGUCGACGUUUUACUACACAUCGGCGCUCCAAGCUGCUGCCCUCUUUGGCACGAACUUGAAACGUUUGCCCGCCAGCAUCGGAGCAUUGCUUUUUUUGUGGUCCCGAUUCAGCGCGAAUAUCUCCGCAGUGCGUGGUGUCUCGUCCAUCCGUGGAUCAACUGAAGCUGUGGCAGAUGUCUUCAAUUUCCUUAUCUUCGAGUUUAUUUUGCUUUAUAUGCAUUACCAGAAAGAGCAGGCCGCAGUCUUCGCGGCGACUGUUCCGGCUGCGGAUGCAACUGGAAUCGCAGUUCGAGCAGACGAGGAAAGCGCAAUUGAACGAACGGCAAGCGUCGAGCUCGAAGCGCCGACUGACAUCGUCCGAGUUCCGCUGAACACGGCUUUGUUGGCGGUGCAGAACAUGGCUGGACGCCCGAUCGCUCAGGACCAGGAACUUGAGUUCACAGCCCUUGAGGGCAGUCUUAGCAUGAUGUCGAAAGUUUUGAACGAUGUGCUGGAUUUCAAUCGCAUGGAAAGUGGACGAUUAGAGUCUCUGUCUCGACCCUACGCAUUUCACAAAGUCCUGCGUUCGCUAUUUAUACCAUUAAAACUCGCUACCGACGCAAGGAACCUGGAGCUUGUGACCGAUCUCGACAUGCGCAUUGAUGAGGUCGCUCGACGAGCUGCUUACCUGCACAUGGACGUGCCGCCAGCGCAGAUUGCCGAACAUCUACAGCAGCAGCCGAGUGGUCCUGAUGCCGUCGGAGUUGUGGUCGGAGACGAAAGUCGACUGCGACAGAUUGUGACGAAUCUCGCUAGCAAUGCAUGCAAGUUCACGCCAUCAGGAGGCACGUUGACGAUCAGAACCCGGCUUGUUAUUCCCGCCUUUCCCAACCUGCCAUCCUCGUCAUCCCCGACGGGAUCUUCGACGGCGUCUGCUGUGACAUUGCAGAACGAGGCAGCUGCAGCUGCACCCCCUGAGCGGAUCGUUGUGCGCAUCGAAGUGUCGGACACGGGCAGUGGGAUCCCACCGCAGGACAUGGUUGCCUGCAAGUUAUUCUCUGCCUUCAAUCAGACUGAGCAAGGGCGCCAGCAAGGAGGCAAAGGGACCGGCCUCGGUCUUGCGCUUGUCCGCCAGAUCGUCAAGCUCAGCGGAGGACGACUCGGUCUGCAGUCCAAAGUCGGUGUUGGCAGCACAUUCUGGGUCGAACUUCCUCUUGGCGUUGGGUCGCAGGCGAUGGCUAUGGCGCCAGAGACGCCUUCGAGUGUUGCUGAUUCGCCACCGGUGUUUACCGCCAUCAGUGCCGCUGAGGCCAUCGAUGCUGCGACGCGACUUGCUUCUCAGACGCCAAUGAUCUCGUCCCGGUCUUCGUCAGCGCUGCAUGGGUUGAUGGACCAAGGCGAGUCGACUUCCCACUCCCCGGUUCCCACUCGGACGAUCGGAGAUACGCUCACCACGGUCACGGAUUAUUCUGUCCCGUCCUCGCCGUCGUACACGGGACCCCUCGCGCUGGAUGACGAGAGCCGCCCGGCAGACAAGGAGGCCGAACCCGCGCCGAACCCACCACCACCGCCCCAGCGGCGCCCGACGCAUGUCAAGCUCCCCAGUACAGGUCUCGGCGGACUGAGCGCCGGGAAGGACCCAUCGGCGCUGACCGGGCUGCCGGGACUGAGCGCGCGGACGCCGCCAGCGGGCCUGAACGUCUUGGUAGUGGACGACGACGGGAUGACUCGCGCGAUGAUGUCGCGCUUGCUGGAGCGCCUGGGCUGUAUCGUCGUCACCGCCGAGAACGGGGAAGUCGCUCUGGGCCGCAUUUUGAGUGCCGAUGCGCCGGCCGAGAACGCCGAGACUCGGUUCGCUGUUGUGUUCUUGGACAAUCAAAUGCCCAAAAUGUCGGGUGUGAAGCUGGUCUCGCAUCUGCGAUCGUUGGGACGAUCCGAUUUUGUGGUUGGAGUCACAGGCAACGCUCUCUUGACUGACCAGCAGGAAUAUCUGGAGGCUGGCGCAGAUCAUGUACUCACCAAACCUGUCCGGGAGGCCAGUCUGAAGGAGAUGCUGGCACUCGCCGAUGCGCGACGCCGAGCAGGCGGCGAUCGCAUUUCAUAGCGCUGGGCGCAGCUCAAGACGGCGAUUCUUUGAGCUGCAGAGGGGGCAGGGGGGGAGGCGACGAACAUUGAUAACAUCAUCUAUCUCUAGGGUCUGCUAAUCAUCUGUACCAAUUUGCAUCAGUAUGCAUGUAGUUGUCAUAUCGUACUGCGCCGGCCGAAACUCGACCUGUGCUUCGGGCGACGGGGAUGCAGCUUGCUGUGAAGCUCGGCGGCGGUCUGCCGUCGCGCUCGCGUGGAUCAAACGACAGAACUGUGCGGUUGUUUGAGAGACACACUUGUUGAUGGAGAGUGGAAGAGCGAACGAUAUUGCCGGCGGGCGGCCGAGAUCGGACUGUGGUCUCCAAUAAUAGUCCCUCCCAAGAUCAUGACGUCCGCGUCAGACCCAUCUAUAUAUAGCAGCAAGACACAAUCAGGCCAGCCGCUCGAGUACAGCCAUCUUCUCGGACAAUCUCAUCGACUGGUGGGUGGUGGUGCCUUUUCGACGACACACGGCCGAACCUCGUCGAGGCACAUGACACUUGUCACUCUUCUCCCAACUCAGUCGUUCUGAUCCUGCGCUGUCGUUCGUUCCCAUGGGGCAACGCGUAAUCCCCGCCGUCACAAAGCUUCCCCCUGCUUCCCCCCUGCGAUAAUAAAAGGGCAGCCGGGAUCUGGGAUCGGACGCACCCCGCACCCCUCGCCAAGCCCCGCUAUGCUUGCAAUCAUCGCGCACCUGUUGGCCGCCGGGAUCUUGUGUUUGUCUGUGGCUGGGCACGCGUCUAAGCCGGGGCCCGAUCCGUGCCUCGAGCAGCAGGCCGAGCAGCUAUUGAGCGAUCGGCUGUGGCAGACGAAUCUGCGUGGUCCGCGGUGGACGGGGAACGACAACCACAACACGCUCGUCGCGCUGGUCUCGUCGUCGAUGACGCGGGCGGGACUGCAAGUGGACAUGCUCAACUACACGCUGUAUCGCUGGGAUCCGCGCUGGUGGUCUCUGAGCCUGAAGCUGAAGAACGGGCAGACGCUGGGCCUGCCGACGACGGGAUACUGGCCGUACUCAGGCGACUCGGGGAUCGAGGGUGUGACGGGGCCGCUGCACGACGUGGGCUCGUUCGCGCUCUUCGCGAACCAGUCCGCGGACGUCGCGAGCCUCGACUUUAGCAGCCUGCCGCAGGGGAGCGUCGUGUACUUUGACAACCCGAGUCCGACGCGUAACUACUCCGAGCCCGGGUACGGUGUCCUCGGGUCCUCGGUCCCGACGGAGGAUAUCCCAGAGCUGGGCAACCUGAGGAACCCGCACUGGCAGUCCGCGAAGACGCUCAAUUUCACGGCGGUCAAAGCGCAGGGCGUCGCGGCCGUGAUCACGUCCUGGGUGAACAUCUCCGACGCGAACGGCGCGCUGCAGUUUCUGCCCAACGCGGGCGCCCCCGGCGACGGCGCGCUCUACGACGUCCCGGCGCUCUUUGUGGGCGAGGCGACGGGGGCGCGGAUCCGGACGCUGUUGGCGCAGGGCCAGGUCGAGUCGGCGACGGUGGUCCUCGACGCUCCCAGCUUGAAUGCGCCGACGCAGACCGUCAUCGCGCAUCUCGCGGGCACAGCUGGAACGAACGACACGCUGAUUCUAUACACUCACAGCGAUGGGCCCUCGAUCAUCGAAGAGAACGGCCCGAUCCUUCUACUGGCCAUCGCCGAGUACUUUGCCGCGCACCCGCUGCAUAUCAACAUCGAUUUCGUCAUCACCACGGGCCACAUGUCGGGUGGGCACCUGAACGAGUCGGCGUGGAUGGGCGAGCGGCCGGACCUCCUGCAGAACGCCAAGGCCGCCAUCGUGUGUGAGCAUUUCGGCGCACUCGAGUGGAAGGACAACUUUGCGCAUGGCACGCCGGUCUAUGAGCCCACGGGCAAACACGAACCGAUGUGGACCAUGGUCAACUCGUCGAGUGCCAGUGAAUCGAUGCAUCAGCAAUAUCUCAGCGCGUUCAAAGGCACCCCGGACUCGCUGAGGAUGGCGAUGGUGGCCCCGCAGGUCGUAGACGGCGUCCGCUCGUUCUGGUACGGCGCAGGAGGCAGCAGCGUGCUGGGGUACUCGAACAUCCCCACCGUCGGUAUCAUUCCGCAGCCAGACUAUCUCUGGGCGCAGAUGGUCGACGGCGGAUGGAGCAGACUCGAUGUGAAAAUGGCGGUCACUCAGAUCAACGUAAUCCUGAGAGUCAUCGCGGGGCUCGAUGCCAAGUUUGUUGCGAAGGAGCUUUGAGUAUAUUUUGUCUAAUUGAAUGAUUUUCAUAAUCUCGUUCGGUUUCUCUUUCGGAAUCGACUUUGAAAAGGUCACCGUCAAAGCAUUAUCCCGAAUUCGAGGCUUCAGUCGAAGAACAGAGACGGUGUUCGAGGUGCUGCCCAACUUGGUCCUCACGUCUGCGUCUCCUGGGACUACAUGGAUCACAUGAUCGCGUUAACAGGGAUCCCGUGACCUCGUAUUCAAUUUCACUGUGGCCUGAUAGUACUUACUUACUACCAACUCAUAUCUGGUCUUCAUGCGCCCAGAAAAGCCCAG